GCGAUAAAAAAAAACAUAAGAUUAGUCAUCCUGUGCGCAGUGUAUUUGUUUUUCCAAUAGUGUGGUUUUGCAUCGGAAAAAAUAACCAUCCAGCCAACAAACGAUGGCCCUCAUCAACAUUGACGGCGAUCCAUGGCUCAGCGAUUUGGAUGCCUGCGAGCGGCUGAGCAAUGACAUCCAAUCGCAACUGGUGGCGCGGAACCGCCAAGGUCAACUGUCCCGUGAAUAUUCGUCCAUUUCCGGUCAGGUCAGGGUACGGCUGAAGCAGCUCGGUUCCGAGCUAGAGCAGUUGAGCAACAAGUUGAAGUACAUUUCCGGCACACUCACGUCGGCCGAGGCAGAACGCCGCCAGCGGCAGGUGGAGGCACUACAAUCGAAGCACGUCCAGCUGCAGAAGCAAUUCAGCACGGUGGUGGCGUCAGCCGAGCGGGCCAGUUUGUUUGCUUCCGGAAACAGUCGACUGUUCGACGACGACGAUGACGAUGCGGCAUUGAUCAAGCCGGAAUCAAGUUACACAGUCACAGACUUGCGCUCACAGCAGACUAGAAUCCUGGAGGAUCAGAACGAGGGCCUGGACGCACUUUCCAAGGUUAUUUCCAGGCAGAAGGUUCUAGCUUCGCAAAUUGGCAAUGAAGUUGAUCUACACAAUGAAAUUUUGGACGACUUAGCAGAUACAAUGGAAACGACAGACUCCCGAAUAAAUCGGGAAACUCGUCAAAUCGGUGUCGUCACGGUACAGGAUUCUACUACUCGUGGCUAUUGGCUGGUGAUUGGAGUGCUGGCACUUGUCAUUGUCUUGGUGGCCAUUCUUCUCUAGCUGUUGAUGACCAGUUUUACUUCUAGGCACUUGUCAGAGUUGGAGCACAGACGUAUCUGCUGGUUUCGGAUGAGUACAAUGCAGGAAUGGAUGUGCUUUGUACUGUUAGUUAGAUUCGGAUCGUUUUCAGUGAAUGCAGCGAGAAUACAAAUUAUUUCACUAUCACUUAACCACAGACAAACAGACAUAACUUAUUGAUUAUUUCUCACUGUAAAACAUCGUCGCUAAAACAUUGCCGCCAUCUGUUGCAUAACUGUGGUCGGCAGUACGCUGAACAGAUGGCGGUAGUGUGCAAACGUCAAACGCAAGGGAAUUGACUAUGCGCGCCACAGGUGGCGCUACUACCAACUAACAUACUUUUAAAUUGAUCGUUAAAUGCUUGUUCGAUGAACAACUUGCGAGUGUUAUGUCUGUUUGUCUGUGACUUAACUAUUUGAGCAUAAUCUAUUACCACCUACUUAUCGAUAGUUAUUGUAGUGUUCGAUCUGUUAUAUGUUAGAAUUUUUUAAGAAGCAUAACAUUUUCACGUAUCAAAUAUAUUAGGUAUACCAAAAACUAAUUUACCUUUAUACGCAA